ACCCCCACAGCCCUCUAAACGCUGUCUCCCUCUCUCUCCCCCUCUUUCUGUCACUCUCUCCUUCCUUUCUCUCAGUCUCCACUCCACUUUCAAAAUUCUGUUUCUCAAUCGUCUUCUUUAUCCCUCAGGGAACAGCAUUUACCACAGAUACAGCUCUCUUUCUGUCUGUCUCUCAUUCUUUCUUCCUCUCUCUGUCUCUGCCUCUCUCUCUCUCUCUCUCCGACAGUGAAGCAUACUUUGCUAACUCGUUUACUUGCUCAGUAUCAAAGUGGAACAUUGUUAUGCCAUGCAAGUGAUUUUUCUUUGUUUGAGAGAACAUCUUCACAACAUCUUCACUUCCCCCUCUUUCUUUCAGCCUCUCUCUCUCUCCACCCCCUCUCUCCAUCUUUCUCUCUCUCUCUCUCAGCAGUAAACUUUGGAUAUAACCACUAACACAUUUGCAUACCAGCUGAGUGACAGCAUUCUGUGUCUGACUCUCAGUAGUGCACCUUCGCUGUUGCUGCUGUUCAUGUUGUCACAAUUAUCAAUGUCACAGCCAGCCACAGGAGAGAGAGAUUUACAGAUAAACAAUACAGCGUGCUACCUGUUCAAUGUGUAAACAUUAUAAUUACAGUUCACUAAAUGUUUAUAUAUUUAUACUGUGUGUAUACGUAUAUAUUUUUGUGUUGUUUUCAUUCCUUUAGAAUUGUUAUAGAAUGCUUGCAUAUUAUAUGUAUUUCAUGCCAAUAAAGCAUAUUGAAUUGAACUGAGAAAGAGAGGGGGGGUAGAGUGAGAGAGAGGGAGAGAGAAGGGGGAGAGUGAGCGAGAGAGAGAGGGAAUGGGGAGAGUGAGAGAGAGGGAAAGAGAGAGGAGAGACAGAACAAAGUUUUGUUAAGGACCUGUCGGCUAUGCUGUUGGGGUGCUGCCUUGUUUAAUGGGGUUCACAGCAGACAGAGGUGAAGUUUGGCUCGGGUCAGAUCAGAACUGCCAGAUGAAGAGAAAGAAUGAGGAAGAGUGGGUCUGACAGGCCCCCAAAAUCAGCCUAACAUCCCAUAAUGUUAGCACUGGGAAUCUGCCAGCACCAGUUCCUACAAAACAGACAUUUAAAAAAAAAAUGAAAAGGAAGUGAGAAUCAUUUAAUUCAAUUCAACUGAAGCUUUACUACUGUGACAGAACGACAAACCUUUUUUGAAAGCACAUUAAACAAGUCCACAAACGCAAAAGCAACAGGCUAACCAAAAAUAGAGAAUGAACAAAAAAGACAAGAGAAGGACAGAGGGGAGAAAAAAUAAAGAGAGAGAUGAAAGGGUAAAAGGCAGAAAAGUGGUACAAAAAAGAAAGAAAGAAAGAAAGAAAGAGAAAACCAGCUGACACCAGACUGUGAAAUGGGCCUUUCCUUUCUGCUGCAGAUUCCCAGCUGACGUCUGUCUGGUGACGGGGUGCGGAGAGGGUGUGAAACAUGGCCGCCGCACUGACGGUCCUAUAGAGGGAGCCGUUGUCCGACUCUCCCUCUCGCCCUCUUCCCAAAACAACACGUUGUUCUUUUAAGCGGGAGAAAAGGAGGGGGAUUCCCUCUCCCCUCCACUCGCAGCGGCCCGAAAAUGUUGCAGCAGAUUCUGAAGGACAUGUACAUCGACCCGGACGUCCUGGAGGCGCUGAACGAGGAGCAGAAGCAGACCCUCUUCCUGAAGAUGAGGCAGGAGCAGGUGCGGCGCUGGACGGAGCGCGAGGAGAAGCUGGACAGGGAGGGAAGCGCCGCGCUCAAAUCCAAGCAGACGAAAGCCAGCAAGAAGAGAGUCAGCUGGCUCCUGGGACGCGACGGGGACGUACAUGUCCGUGUGAUCGGAGAAACGGAUGAAGUCAGGUCCGCGAAAUUAAUUUACUCUGAGCUGAGCCAGACGAAGGGGUCCGGCCUGCAGGGCGACUCACGGAACCAAAGCAACACCAUAAAGAGCAGCCUGGUCGCCAGAGCGUGCCCGGAGCCCGAGAACGUACCGGCCCAAACACCGCCAGGGAUACAGCUACAGUUUAAGGGCGUCCGACCGGCCUCCGAUUUGACGCAGCAUCCUCCGCCCUCUCAGAACUCAGCAGACUUGAAGUCAGGGACUCAUUCACCCCCUCUGCAGGCCCCGCAGCCCGAGCAGCAGCAGAGCCCCUCCCCCGAGGACCCGGAGGAGGACGACGAUGACGAUGAAGACGACUCUGUCAGCCUGUCGGCGCUGCUCUACCGAUCACACCUCAGGCGGGACAACACGGCGUCAAUCUCGGACAGGCUCCGCUCACAGCGCGCUGACCCGCCGUCGAGCGCAGACAGACUCCGCCUCCAGGAAGCCCUACAGCCAAGCAAAGGUAAAGACAUCCAGCCUGUGGCAGCCAGACAGCGUGAGGAGACUGAAGGGGCGGGGCCUAAAUGGGCGGGGUCCGCUGAAGGCGAGGACCACGGCCUGGCCCGCGGUCGGGUGGCACAGCUCACGAAGGCCUUCGGCACGCCCGUCCCCAAGCACCUCACCCUGUCCCGCCCGAAAUCAAAGCCGCCCCUCCCAAAGAAACCCGCCCACCUACUGUUCGCCUCCCCCCCCCAGAUAAUCCCACAAGCCCCAGGGGCAAAUCCAGAGAGACGCUGACCCCACCCGCGACCCCCCCCCACCCCCCCACCCCCACCCCAAGCCAAAUGAGCUGGAAACACCAGCCGCCAACCGGCAGGGGCGGGGCUGCAAGCUGCCUGGUUAAGUUAUUACAUGUUCUCUACUUGUUCCCCCCCCCCCCUUUUUCUUUAAACAUAGCGGUAAAAAUCAGAGAUUCCAAGAUUUUUUUGUUUAUUUUUUACUUCAGCAUUACUGUAUAUACUCUCAGAGGGAAAGGAACACCGAAAAUACUCUUCUUUUUUCAAUACUCUAAAUGUUUUCGGAAAGGACGGCUUUGUUUUGACUGGGAUUUUUUUUUUUAGCCCAUGGAUUCUGGAGAUCCUCAUAACCAGCAGGGCGACACAAGAUCGCUUUUCCACCUCGAAGUGCAAUAUCUGCUCUCGUACUGUAUAUAUAAAUCAAGGUGGCUUUUUUUUGGUGGAUUGUAAAAUGGUGUCGGGGAGAGGGAAAAACGGGUGAUCCGCGCGCCAAUCUGGGGACGUCUGCCUCCGACGCUACUUCCUUUCUGGAACAGGAAGUCAUGCACGUCAUGUGACGGCCCACCCGGAACUGUCCGUAUCUGAGGAUAGAUUGCACCUGUCCUCUGCCCAGGGAGGUGAGGAUUAAAAGCAGACAGCGACGGUGGGAGUGAGGGAGAGAGGGAGGAAGGGAGGAAUGGAGAAAGAGAGAGGCAGACAGGCAUCCAGGCUUGCGUUUUAUUUGAGGCCAAGAAAAACUGAACCCCGCCAUUGACUUGCUGCAGCUGACCUGAAUUUAAAUGUAUUUUCCCAAAUUACCCCCCCCUCAUCCCUUUUCCUUUGACACCAACAGCCCAUGAAUGCCCCUGCUCUCCUAUGACCUCACAUCGCAGAACUUCCAGCCUCUCCCACCACAUCCGUCCCCGCUCUCUAACUGGCUGGUGCGGAGACAGUCCAAACAAUCUAAACCGGUCCAAAAACAGUUUGUGGUCAGCUGAACCCUGACCGCCCUGGAGAACACACAUCCCGUAGCCACCAUUACAGAGAGGGUGGGAGACCGUGGCCAGCACGGGGACAGAUGUUGCGGAGAACAGCUGGACCUGCAGCUGUCCCGCCCUGUUGCCGAACUGCGGAAGCCAAACUGGGGCUGUGCUAGCCCUCCCACGGGAGGGACACAGAGACAGAGACAGAGCCAGGCCCUCUGGUAAAACCAGACAACUCCUCAGGAAGGUACCCAGCAGUUAAAGCAGGGCUCUGACUUCCUGUAAUCAUUACACGUCCCUCACAAUUCACGCGGAGGGUAACCUGGGUGGACAACGUCUAAAUGCCAAAAUUCAUCCCUGUGCCACAUCAACCGAGCCUGCUGAGUCGCUCUUAGCGUCCGUCGUAGCUGAAGUGUGCUGAGCACUGUGCUAUAUAACUGGCUGCAGUGCAGUAGGUUUUUUUUUUUUUUCUUUUUGGAAAGGCGCUGUUGUCUGAUCUUAGAUUUCCUACGCACUGAGACCUCCCUAGAAACUUAAUUUAUUCCCUCCUGACGGAAAAUGAAGCAUCGUCACAGCGUGAAAAACAAGGUUCUUUGGCAUCGUUAAUAGGAGGGGGUGAAGUUGGGAGAAUUAUUUCACUAUAAUGAACGGCAAUUCAGACAUGAUUUCAUAGCGGGCAGGUACAGCACUCCGUGCUCAAUGCUUAUAGGCUGGUUAAUACUAAUAUGUGUCAGCUGAUUUACACAAUAGGAGAACGCAGAAAAACUUUUCCUAAAAUAAUACACAUUAAUCUCAAAUGCAAUUGCUAACACAAUGAUCAAUGACACCAUUCAAACGACUACAAAUGUAUUGUACUGUAAUUUACAUUACCAUCUUUUAAAACACGUAAUCUAAUUGUAUUACAGAGAGUAAGCUAUGUCGUAUUAGCUACUGACAUACGAAUGUGCAUGUCUGUCUAAAUAAAUGUGAUCUCAAAGGUUAAAGCGUUCAGUUUACCAAUUUAACUAUGCGAAAAACAUUUAAGGAACCUUCUUCACAGUAACAACGUUAGGAGUGUGGUAACGUUAUCAUAAAUGAAAAUUUAACUAUUUCACGUGUUAAGGUUUGUGGAUAACAGCAAUGUCGUGCUACGUUAUCAUAUCAACACUAAGCCAGGUAUGAUAGCCAAAGCCACCUUUUUAAUAUUAGCAAGAAAUGCCAUCUUCGGCUAACGUUAUUAGCGUACAUAUGCAGUAAGUUAAUUUAAGAUAAACUUAUGCAAGGUUGUCAUUCACUGCAAAUGGACUGCAGUUGUAUUUAGCGGCAUCCUUAUCCUCAGCCCAUAGGCUAUACACUAGGAUACCGAACAACCGCACCAAGAUUUCCGAUCAUCCGUUGUAAUAAUGUGCAAGCACUAGAACCCUUAUCUAACGUUAUGGGUUGAACCAACGUGCCGACUGAGACAAACGUUGCCACAACAACAGAGCCACCGACCGGGUCAAAGUUCAAUCGAUUUUAGGUCACAGCGUGGCAUCAUCGGUAGCAGUAGUAUAAACCAGGGGGUUGAUCGAUCCGUGAACGCGGCUGGACAAUUGGGCUAUUCCAAAUUAAGGUGGAUAGCUACACAGAGCCGCGCGUUUGGUGCCAAAAUAUUUAAAUGAAAAUAAAAAAUAAAUUAGAAGGAGCAUAAACCAACUUUACAGCUGGUGGUAAUACAAGAUCCGCUGCCUGGUGUGCAAGCUAGCCCCCAACUAAUCAGUUUAAUUUAUGAGAAAACAUGCAUACUGUUCAAAACCUGUUGUUAGCUGGGGAAGAAAAGCCUAAAUAAAUUAAAGCACAUUUAUGGAGCUGUGAGUGCUUGCAAUUUCACAACAAAUAAAUCAAACACCUGUAUUAGCUGGCUACUAACGGAAGUCUCUAAGAUUAGCAAAGCUAUUUAAAGCUAGUGCAUUUCAGCUGAAGGAAAGUAAUGGGAUGUUGUUACUGUUACACAAAAGUGUUUGUUACUAAUUAUUUCUUAACACUGAUACACAUUGAGCUACUGACAUUUUAAGUCUUCCGAGUCUCACACAAGUGUCGGCCCACUAUUUUAGUUGUGGACUGAAUUGCCAAAAAGAAGUGAAACAAGCUGAUGUUCUUCAUCUGUACCUUAGUUCUGCGGUCUGCAGUUCCUCUCUGUUGUCAGUGCAUGCCAAAAUGUACCAGUUUCCUGUCACAUGACCACAGUGUGCCAACACUUCCUGACUGGCUAGUGUCUGCCAAGUCUGCCAUUUCUAGCUCAGUGAGCGUGGAUGUACGGAUGGUCAAUGCAUUGUUUCUGGAGGACUAUUGAUGUGUGAGUGUCAGUUUUUCUCAGUGUUUAAAAAAAGAAAAAAAAAUCAUGUUUUAUAUUUUUUUGGUUGACAUUUGUAUAGCCAAUGCCCAUAAAGAGUUGUAUUGUGUGUGUUUUUUUUACAUUGAUGAUGAGUUGUAUGCCAGGUACAGUGAGGGUGACACGGUGGCCAGGGACACUGCAUGUUGUUGAUGCUCAGCGGAGACAUGGUGAUACAAUAAAACAGGUGACCCUG